AAACUGGUGUAACAACAUUACGAUAGACUCCCUGGGUGAGGAAAAGGGGGAGAGGGGGAGGAAAUGGAGUGAGAAACGAUGGGAGAGAAAGAUGGAUGUAGUGCAGGUGAAGAGGGCGGAGUUGAGACAACACUGAAUGUGUGACUUAGACAAACACAGAGCUACACAACACAGUUAUCCCUGGAGCCUCACAAACCCCCUGAGAGGAGAGAGAAUGGGAGAGAAACCACAACACUAACCCUGGACUACACAACAGUAAUCCCUGGAGCCUCACAAACCCCCUGAGAGGAGAGAGAAUGGGAGAGAAACCACGACACUAACCCUGGACUACACAACAGUAAUCCCUGGAGCCUCACAAACCCCCAGAGAGGAGAGAGAAUGGGAGAGAAACCACGACACUAACCCUGGACUACACACACAAACUGACACAACAGGGAAAAUGUAUGAAAUGUGUUGGUUUCUGUGACGGAAAGGGCCAAGGAUUAUAUUACUGGAUUGUUAAGGUUUAUUUCUCAAGAUCUGAGGCACACACACACACACACACACACAGAGGGAGAGAGAAUGUCUUCAAUAUCAGAAGAAGACUCCCGCUGUCAACCAGGAGACACCAUCUGUAAUAUCCGUGUGUACGAGCAAGAAGUGAUCAUCGUGCCUAUCCUGCUAUUGGCUAGCUUCCUGGUCGUGCUGGUCUUCAUCAUCCUGCUACGGUACUGUCCUGAGAAGGUGGACCGCAUCCGACCACAGAACACUGUGGCCACGUCCAGAUCACAGCGCUCCAGAAGACAACUGCACGGCAUUGAUGCUCCCCUGGGUAUCAACCCGCUGGAACAUGAGACUAUUGCUCUCGAUACCCCCUCCUACUCUACCUUCUCAUCAACUCACUCCCACCCCUCCUCCAACCGUCUCUCCUUCUCCAUGAGGACUCCCUCUCUCCCCCCUAUCCCCCCACCCAAGACCUUCAUCCCAUCCUCCCUGUCCAGCCCCCUGCCCCAGGCGUUGACACCUUCCUUCACCCCUAUGGUCCAGCCCAGGGAGCUGCCUCGCCAGAGGCUGCCAGAGUCCUUCAACCUAGUGGCCUCGCUGCCCACAGCCUUCUCCCUGCGCUCUGACAAGGCUGUCUCUCUCUACAGGGCCCGCAUGGACAACAGGAACGCUGUGCUCCGAGUGCUCAACGACUCUGCGAGCGCCACAGAGAGGCACAACUUCCUGGGCUUUGCUUCCUUCUUGUCUCAGUUGGGGCCACACCCCUUCCUACCGGAGCUUCUGGGCGUGGUCUCUCUGCGUGUGCCCCUAGUCACCGUUGUUGAGGAGCUAGAGAACAGAGAUCUGCUCAGCUUCCUGUGGCGGUGCAGACAGGAUGGUGUGGGCGGGGAACCUCCAUGUGAGAUCACAGAGAGACGUAUAUUUACCAUGGCCAAACAAGUAGCCUCUGCUCUGGAGUUCCUCCACAGCCGAGACCUUCUUCAUGGCAACGUCUGUGCUCACAGUGUAUUGGUCAGCCGGAAGCUGACGGCCAAGCUGUGGGGACUGGGCGGGGUCUACACCAGGAAUACCCAGGGAGCUACUAAGACUGAAGUUCCCAGCUUGAAGAAAUGGCAGGCCCCUGAGCUAUUGGCUAGGAGGCCUGCCAAUCACAGCAGUGACGUCUGGUCGUUUGGCAUCUUGUUGUUUGAAAUGGCAACCUUGGGUGAUGCUCCGUUUUCAGAUAUCUCCGUCAACGAGCUUCUACAGUUUCACCAGAGAGGGAAAACACUGAGAAAGCCAGCCAACUGCUCCAACUCACUGUACUCCAUCAUCAAGGCCUGCUGCCAAUGGAAGGAGCAGGAUCGCGCCACGUUGGCCGAGGUCGACCGCAAGCUCCAAUCAGGAGAGAAGAGUGCCAACGACAAAGUCCUCAAGGUGCCUGAGCCAAUCAACAUCGAGCAGUACCUGCAAGAGGCUGGAUAUGGGGAGUCCAACAGCUACACUGUUUUCUGAGUGGCGGCUGUGCCGUCCAACGAAAUGCACUAUGCUGAGGGACGACGGUGGAUGUUUAUAUAUGUAUGCCUCCAUUCAUUACAGAAAGAUAUUCACUUCCUUCUGCUCUUUUUCAGUCCCCUUCAUGGAGGACAGAUUUUUUUUAAACCAUGGACUUAUGAUAGGUGUACUUGAACAGAUACAAUCGUUGAGUCAACUUCAGUUUGUAGAUGAUUGUGUAUAUCAGUGGAGGCUGCUGAGGGGAGGACGGCUCAUAAUAAUGGCCAGAAUGGAGUGAAUGGAAUGGUAU